GCCAUGAGGAUGAUCAGAGGCUGAAGCACCUGGAGGCAGGCUGAGAACAUUGGGGCUGUUCAGCCUGGGGAAGAGAAGCUGCGUGGAGACCUCAGAGCAGCUUCCAGGGUCUGAAGGAGGCUACAAGGAUGCUGGAGAGGGACCUUCAUCAGGGACUGUAGCGAUAGGACAAGGGGUGAUGGGUUCAAACUGAAACAGGGGAAGUUCAGGUUGGAUCUGAGGCAGAAGUUGUUCCCUGUGAGGGUGCUGAGGCGCUGGCACAGGGUGCCCAGAGAAGCUGUGGCUGCCCCAUCCCUGGCAGUGUUCAAGGCCAGGUUGGACACAGGGGCUUGGAGCAACCUGCUCUAGUGGAAGGUGUCCCUGCCCGUGGCAGGGGUUGGAACUGGAUGAGCUUUAAGCUCCCUCCAUCCCAAACCAGGCCGGGAUUUUUCUCAAUGGCCUCUGGUCGCGCGUGGGAACGCGGUCCCGCGGCCACGCCCCCUGCCUCCAGAAGCCACGCCCCUCGGGCGCGGCCUGUCCCCGCCCCGUUGGUGACGCCAUCAGCGCGCGCCGCGGCGGGGGGCGCCCCUGUCGGCGGCGGGGCGGGCAGCGGCGAUGGCGGCGGGCUCGGUGUGGAAGGGGCUGGUGGGGCUCGGCCUCUUCGCGCUCGCACACGCGGCCUUCUCGGCGGCGCAGCAUCGCUCGUACAUGAGAUUAACAGAAAAGGAGGAUGAAACGUUGCCCAUAGAUAUAGUUCUUCAGACCCUGUUAGCCUUUGCAGUUACCUGCUAUGGGAUAGCACAUAUCGCAGGAGAGUUUAAAGACAUGGAUGCCACUUCAGAACUAAAAAAUAAGACGUUUGACACAUUAAGGAACCAUCCAUCUUUUUAUGUAUUUAAUCAUCGUGGUAGAGUAUUGUUCCAGUCCCCAGACACAGCGAAUUCCUCUUCAAACCAAGAUGCUUUGUCAUCCAGCUCAGCACUGAAAUUCCGGAAGCUGGAAGCUCUGCGCCGCUGAGGCUUUCCCAGCUGCUGAUGGUGACCCAGGACACUGAGAUGUAAUAUUCAAGUCGGGGAUGUAAACACUUUUUUUAAUUUCUGGAGCAGUAUUUAUAUUGAUCUUCCAGACUUUAUAAAGUAUAUAUAUAUAAACUAAUGACCUUUGUACACUGAUUAAUGAAAACGACUGCCUUGUGAAUUGGCAACGCGGUGUAAAUCACUCGACACUUAUGCUGUGAAACCCACCUUCACAUUGCCCUGUAUUAAACCAAGUUGCAGCUGACUUAACUCCAGUUAAAACAAAAAAGCACGUUAGUUUUCACUGCAUUUAAUGCUCUUUGACAAGAGGGAAGUGUUGGAGUGCUAUUUGUUUUCCCUGCUUGCACUACAGUUUGUGGAAGUCCUUCAGAAACGCUGUGUGAACAGCGGGAAAAGGGGCAGCAUCUCCUGCCCUGGGAGCCCUGCACGCUGUGGGCAGGGGAAGCCAAACAGAUUGCUUCAUCUUUGUUUUUCUACAACGCUGAAAAAGAGUUGUGUGAAGGGUUUGGGGGGCUUUUUCCUAGUUUUUCAGUAUCACAUUCUUUCCUUAUUGCCCUCCUUCAGUUAAGUGUAAACUGGCCUGUGUUGCCCCAAGCUGCCCAGCUCACAUCUGAUCACAUAAUCUACCAUCUAUCAUGAUAUAUACAGAUAUAUAUACACAAGAUAAUCUUGGCUUGUCUGCCCACUGUAAUGCUCUCCUCUCUGGUUGUGAAUACAGGGAUGUUUAUCAGACAGCUGGAUGCUGUGUUGGCACCAGAUACAAGUCCCAAGUCAUCAUCUAUGAGCUGUAUUUAAGUAUCAAUAAGAAAUACCCAUUCUGGCUGUGGUCCGGGGGUAGGGACCAGCAGCCAGGUCUGGUUAUUGGCACUGGUACAGGUAAUCAACCAGUACAGCCACCCCCUUCUCUGCCAACAGAGCCUUUCAAUCUGAUUUCUUUAUCCAGCUGAGCCCUUUGUUGAUUGCUGUCUUGAUUUCAUGUAGUAGGACAGAUAACACAGUCCUUAACUCUUAUUGACAUCUCAAUUCUCACCUCCCCUUAGGGCUGAAUCGAUGCUACAAUCUCUCUUGGUCUGGCAUUCCACCUACCUGGCAUGGCAAAGGGAGGGCAGUGAGAAUUGUGCCUGGUCUGGGGCUGUCUCGCUGCUGCCUUCUGUCUAACAUCUGGGUUUGCUUUUUAAACUGUUAAGAACUGUCAAAGGCAAAAAGCUUAACAAAAAUAGUGCAUAAACCGAAGCCUCUUGUUCUGGCUCUGCCCAUCCUAUGGAGUGCGUGCUCCAGUGCUAGAGCAAGACCUGUAGCUGCUGCUCUACACUCACUCUUGAGCAUCUGGGUUUGGUUAGAAAGGGUUACUCGGCCACCUGAAAGUGUCUGAGCUGCCGGGUUACUUCCUCAAGUGUCCUGGUUGUCACAAACCAGCUGCUGUCACCAAAGGCCUCAAAAAUAGCAAGUAUCAGGUCAGCUCUGCUGCAGGCAGCUCUCUCCUUGGGGAAGAGGGCUGCUUGCUGCUGCUGCUGCAUGGAGGAACGGGCUGAGCAUUGGCCAGGUGACCUUGGGAGGCACAGAGGAAGGAAUUCGCUGAUGGAGAAGCAAGCAGAAGGUCAGGUACCACCGUACCAGGCUGAUGCUGCAGCUGAGGUUGGCAGGAACCAUCGGCAGAGGGUCCCUUGGAGCAGGGCUCACCCUUCAUGUCUGAGAAGCCCCAUUUGUGUUACCAUAAGGCUGGGGGGACCUGCUGCUGUGGGACAGGGCAAAUGGAGAACAUCAUCCUGCACCUCAGCAUGGGUCCUGUUGGCUGCGUCAGGUCUCUUCUCACGACACAUACUUUACUCUUCAGCAGCAAUGGUUCUAUCACAAAGCUGUACGAGCUAUUUUUCCUUAUGGAUCUCACAAUGCCCAAUAAAAAUGGAUAUCCUUGAA